AUGGAAACACAAAAAGGCAUCCAAAAGGAGAUCAACAAGAAGAUGCUUGAGACAGAGAAGCAGAUGAAGGACUUUUGGACUCACCUAGAGCAGUCUGUCCUUCACAGCCACAUCGACGUGGCUUUUGAGCAGAUCUCCUCCAACCUCGAGGUGGCCAACAUGCGAAUCUUUGAGAGUGAACUGCAGAAGACGCCAUUCAAGAAUGCAGAAGCCGCAAAAACACCUCAAGGUGGUAAGCAGUCAACCACGGUAACCACUUCUUUGCCAUUAGCCAAGAAAUCGAACCCGGUGGUAGUUAAGAUGCACUCCAAAUCAAGCAAAACUUUGAUAAUCGACCCAGAAGACGAGAACAGCAACUUUCCAACUCUCUUUUCAGCAAAGAACGCCGAAAAAGAGGCUAAACCUCCACUUGAUCAGUCUUUUCAUUCUACUGGACCAGUUUCAUCCAGCUCCGCUCGCCGACCAUUCACCGUGGAGCACUUUCAGUCCGAGUCUGUUAAGAGAAUUAAACAAGGCGGGCAAAACAAGGAGAACAUAACCGACGACGACGACGACGAUUAUGAUGACGAUGAGGAUAACCUUGACGACAGGGACGAUGACAACAACGAUGAGGAGGAGGAGGAGGAGGAUCAAGGAAAGGUGCCGCGGGACGAUGACAACAACGAUGAGGAGGAGGAGGAGGAGGAUCAAGGAGAGGUGCCGCGGCCUCUGAUGCCGGAAAUUACUAUUGUCGACACAACUGUGAAGGACAGUGCAAUGGGGGGACAUCAGCAGCUGCAACAGCUGAACCCUGUGAGUGUCAAUCUCACUGUCCAACAACUGUCGUCAAAUGAGGAGAAUGUUCCCAGUUCCUCUGUUUCAUCGUCACCGCCCGUGACAGUGCCCAGCUCUGAGUAUAGUUUACCGGAUAUUUACACCAGCAAG